CUAUGGCUGGCAGCAUCGUGAAUCUGUAAUUUUACAAAGCUAUUAUAACAUUUAUUUACUUUCCAUUUGAAUUAUAUUCUUGGAUAUUUCAUUACGCAGACAUACUGCUUAUACUGGAUUUACUACACGUGUUUACCAUGCGGUAGUGUUUUUGUUAUGAAUUAUUGAUCCGUGCCUUUGGACUUUGACCCCGCCAUGAAUCGUACGAGAUCGAGAUCCAGGGUUCGUAGGACAGAAUCUGUUGACGAUCCUAACAACUGGACAGUUGAUAAAUUGAAAUAUGAACUAAAACUUUGCGGUAUAGAUAUUAAACAUGCUAUACCUCAUAAAAUAUUAGUUAAACUGUGGCUAGAUAACAAAGAAAAGAAAGACAGGGGCACCGAUGGGGAAACAGAACAUAGUGAAUUGGCUCAUAAUAUACCAAGCGCGGUAAGGAACGAAGACAGAAACUUAGUACAACAGUGUACUAAUACCACUGAACGUGUAUACGAAGUACCCGCUUCAUCCAUUGCUGAUACUUCUGUGAUAACCCAUGUCAGGGCCUCAUCGUACACUGACGGAAAUGCGGUGCCCGAAAACGCGCAUGCGCCAACGAGACCAAACAUCACUGUUCCGGAGAGAAACGUAAACAAUGAAAACUCAGUCUUGAUGGCUACUGCCGUAGCAUUACAGGAGACAGUGAAACUAAUCCAGCAGUCAACUAAAGAUAAAGAAGAAGAAGAUUACUCGUUACGCAACUUCUACGAGAACCGAAGCAGUGCAACUUUCGCGGCCGGAUCGUCAGAUCAAUUAACACAGACCCAAAUGCAGCCGAAUUUAUUCAAAAGUACCAUGAGGGAGACGAGUACGAGUGGCGUCCCAUCCUCGGACUUGCAACAUGUCAUGGCAGUAUCACCAACGAUACGGAAAGAAAUAAUAUCGGUUUCAGCGAUUUCGCAAUCUAGCUCCACAGGCAGACCAGAAUCCAACCAAGUGUCCCCCGUUACACCAAGUUUUAUGGGACUUCAAGCCGUUGUGAACAAACUUUGGGAUAGAGCUAUUGGUGACAAGACCAGACGUCAAUACCAGAUUGGCUUCCAGAAUUUCUUAAGAUUUGUAACGUUGAUGAAUUUAACUUCAUAUAAUGGCCUGCCUAUCGUGUGUGAAAAAGUGUUUAUACAAUAUGUCAGUUAUUGUCAUUCUGAGCUGCAACUAAGUUAUUCAACUAUCAAACUAUAUUUAAGUGGCAUACGAUACAUAUAUCUUCGGAUGGGUGGUUUUAACCCCUUAGAAAGUAAUGGGAAACCACUACAAGGUUUACAAACCAUUUUGUCAGGAAUUAAGAAAUCACAAUGUAAUAGAGACAAAAGAAUUCGAUUGCCUAUUACCAUAGAUAUUUUAACAAAUUUGUGUUUGUUGCUUGAUCAAGGACUUUUUGAUGAAUUUACAGAUAGUAUGCUUAAAUCUGUUUGUACUUUAGCUUUUUUCGGUUUCUUAAGAUGUGGAGAAUUUACCAUUGAUGACAAAUUUGUUGCAGCAAAUCAUUUAUGUAUCGAUGAUUUAAAAAUUUUUGAAGAUCAUUUGGUUCUGACUCUCAAAAGAUCUAAGACAGAUCCUUUUAGGAAUGGCGUUUCCAUUCCAAUUUUUGCUAAUCAAACUAUUGUAUGCCCAGUGAAAGCUAUGAACAAAUACUUAAAAAAGAGAAGCUUUAGGGCAGUUCAGGAGGAACCAUUGUUUAUACAAAGUGACAAUAGUGCUUUAUCUCGUAAUGUUUUUAUCCAGAAAAUGAAAAUUAUGUUAGAUAAACUUGGAUUAGAAAGUAAAAAUUACAAUGGUCACUCUUUUAGAAUAGGGGCUGCAACCACAGGGUCAAAAGUAAGAUUGGAAGAUCAUUUGUUAAAGACCCUUGGUCGAUGGUCAUCCGACUGUUACACAACAUAUAUUCAAACCCCUUUAGAGAUUAUUAAAGAUGCUCAGAUAGCUAUGUCAAAGGAUAAAAGAUCGUAAAUGUUUUGUGUGUACCCAAAUGUAUAUAUCAUGUAUAUAUGUAGAUUUCUUUUCUUUUUUUUUCCCUUUCCUUCUUUCCUUUCGUUUUGUUAAAGAAGGAAAUGGAGCUACAAUGUAUUUUAGUUUGUACAUGUAUAAAAUAUUGACAGUGCACAAUGCAAUUAACUUUAGCUAUGGAUUGAAGUAUGUUUUCCAAGUAUUGAUUUCAUGCUACAGAAUUACAUGUUUACAACACACACAGUAAGUAUGGCAUACCUUCUAAAAAUAAUACAAGUGUUUGAUUACAUCAAGUAAUUAAGUACUUCAUUACAUACAGAUAUGCUGACGCACAUUUACACAAGUAUUUACAUACUGCACAUAUUCCUUUGUGUGCUUACGCACAAUUACAUCAAGUACUUAC